AUGAACAGAACAUUUCCAGAUAAUGUCAAAUUCCGCAGAACUGCAGAUCCCUGUUUGCAGCACACACUCUACAACGUGCUGGUGGCAUAUGGGCAUCAUAACAAAGCAGUAGGAUAUUGCCAGGGCAUGAACUUCAUAGCUGGAUACCUGAUUCUUAUUACUAAGAAUGAAGAGGAGUCCUUUUGGUUGCUAGAUGCUCUUAUUGGAAGAAUAUUGCCUGAUUAUUACAGCCCUGCCAUGUUGGGGCUGAAAACUGAUCAGGAAGUCCUGGGAGAACUCGUGAGGAUGAAAGUGCCAGCUGUGGCAGAGCUGAUGGAGAGACACGGGGUGAUGUGGACCCUGGUGGUGUCACGCUGGUUCAUAUGCCUCUUCAUCGACGUUCUGCCAGUGGAGACCGUGCUGCGCAUCUGGGAUUGUUUGUUCUACGAAGGGUCGAAGAUCCUCUUCCGCGUGGCCUUGACGCUCAUCAAGCAGCACCAGGCUUUCAUCCUGCAGGCCACCAACUUCCCUGACAUCUGUGACAAGUUUAAGCAGAUCACCAAAGGAACCUUCGUGACAGAGUGUCACACCUUCAUGCAGAAAAUCUUCACAGACCCUGGCAGCUUGUCCAUGGCCACCAUCAACAAACUCCGAGAGACCUGCAGGGAGCAGGUGCUUGCUCAGGGAUAACUCCCCAGGGGUGACCAGGUGCCACUGAGACAUUCCUCUCUUUGCACUGACUAAAGCACACUUUAAGCUUUCCAUGAGUUAACUGACACGACCAAGUUUUCCUGCCUUUCAAGUAAGUUGUUAAUGCUUUGUACUUUGUCAGACUU